CCAAACUCCAGCUCGGUCUGUAUCAGGAGGGUCGCGGGAGCUCUGAUGAGACUGAAGAGAACCCGGAGCAGGUCGGUCUCUCUGCUGGUCCUCCGGCUCAGUUCGGGACCAGAACCCCCUUCAGUGAUGAGACUUUAAAAACUUUUGAUCCGUUCUAGAUUUGGACUUGCUGCUGACCCUCAAAGCGUUCAGGGGGGGCUGGAAAGAUGCGUGUCCACCUCAGAUCUGUGUCCCGGAGCUGAAGGACUCGGGCCGGGAUGGUGCGCCUCCUGGGCUGCCUGCUGCUGGGGUACCUGACCUGGAACCUGCGGAUCUCGGACGCUCAGGGAGAGUACUGCCACGGCUGGCUGGACGCCAAUGGGAACUAUCACGAGGGCUUCCAGUGUCCGGAGGACUUCGACACCGCGGACGCCACGGUGUGCUGCGGCUCGUGCGCGCUGCGCUACUGCUGCGCGGCCGCGGACGCGCGGGUGGACCAGGGCGUCUGCACCAACGACAGGGAGGUGGACAACACCGAGUAUGCUGCGCAGCCCGUCUACGUCCCCUUCCUGAUGGUGGGGAGCAUCUUCGUGGCCUUCGUCGUGGUCGGCUCUCUGGUGGCCGUGUACUGCUGCACCUGCCUGCGGCCCAAGCAGCCCACCCAGCAGCCCAUCCGCUUCUCGCUGCGCAGCUGCCAGGGCGAGACCAUCCCCAUGAUCCUCACCGCGGCACCGCCGAGCCUGCGCGCCCCCUCCCGGCAGUCCAGCACGGCCACCACCAGCUCCAGCUCGGCCGGCGGGGGCAGCUCCACCAGGAGGUUUUCUCUGGGAGGUCAGCAGCAGCACGGCUGCCUGGUCUCUGCCACCGUCUCCUCCUCAGCCUCCACUCCCACCCAGACCCCACAGACUCUCCUGCCGCCACCGCCUCCCCCCUACGCAUCCCCGCCACCACCCAUGACGGGAGGCAUCCAGCACCCGCAGCUGCACCAGCCCCCUCACCCCACCCAGAGAAAGGCUUGGUGCAGGUGUGGUGGAAUCAUGAUGGAGCUGCCAGCGUGAGAGCUUCCCAACAGGCCUGUCGGCGGCCAUUUUUAAACUGUAUGCACUUUUCUGUUAGCAGGAUUCUGGAUGGAAGCUCAGACUGAAAUAUUGUCAAAUUAUUACCCAUCUUAAUAAAAACAAGAGGAGACCGUUUAUUAUUUGACUGUUUGGCAAAAAGUGUGCACGCUGGGUGAGUGGGGUCCUUCAUGAUGCAGGUGGUCCUCCUCCUGCAUCUGGAGACUGUUUAUUAUUAGACAGUGAAAACAGGAGGUUUUGACAUCAGAUAGAACCUCUUAAAAAUACAAUGUGUAAAAUAUACAGCAUGUUUGAGUUAAAGCCUAACAUUGAUUCCCUGAUUCAAAUAAAAGUUGACUCUUGUAACUUGUGUGGACUCGUCC